GAGGCUGGUCGGCCUGGUCCGCAGAGCGACGGCGACGAUGCGGAAUCGUUGGCACGGCGCCGCCGGCCUCGGGAGGCCGCCGUGGCGUAGCAGGAGCUCCUCCAUGGCCGGGAGCUCGAGGAGUAGUUUCCCGGGAGCAUGUUCUGGUUUCUUGGGAGCGAUCAGCGAUUACAAACUAGCCCUUGAAGGCCCAGUGGCUUACCUAGAUCAUUAUGGUGUUGCUGAUCCCCUGUCCUGUAAGGCUGUGUUUCAGCAGCUCUCUUACAGAAAAAGAGUGCAUCACCUCAAUAUCUAUGUUAUAGUCUGCUGGAGGGAAUUGAAUCAGAUUGGCCCUUCCUUGCAUAUUCCUUUGCACAUUAAUCAUAGUACAAGGUCAUUUCACAUGCUGAAGUUGUCGCACAUAUUUCCUGCAAAUAAUAAUGCACUUAAAGAAGCCUUUGAGGUCUUCUGUAACAAGGGUGUCUGGCAGUUCAAGUGCUGAAUUGCUCGCUACCUUCUGUGAUAACAUUCUGAAGAAAGGCUGCAGUGAAAAGCUCAGUGAUGAAGCCAUUGAAGAUGCCCUUGAGAAGGUGGUAAGAUUGCUUGCAUACAUCAGUGAUAAAGACCUCUUUGCUGAGCUAUCUUCCAGGAAGAAACUUGCAAGAAGAUUGCUUUUCGACAAAAGUGCUAAUGCUGAGCUAUCAGUGAUAAGAUUGCUCCUGUGGUGGCUUUUUUUUUUCUCUUUUUUUAAUGGUUUGCCGAGUGUAUUUUAAGGGCACUCGGCAAACCCUCCACUUUUUGCCGAGUGUAUUCCCUCGACACUCGGCAAACCGGCCGUUACGGCCCUGCUACCGUUUAGGCGUUUUUUUUUGCCGAGUGUCGGAUUUCACUCUCGGCAAAAUAGUUUGCCGAGUGCGCGAUAGAAAACACUCGACAAACAGCUGUUUGCCGGCAUGUUGUAUGCCGACAG